CUGACUGACACCAGAAAGUAUGUAAGCCUGGGCUCGCUCACGACGAGCACCCUCUCCAAGUUGUUCCUUUUUUCAGCUUCAACUUCACACUUGAAGUCAGCGUUGUGAGAGCUUCGCGCCGAGAGUCCUCAUUGUUCUCUAUCAUCACACCUAUCUGAGCUUGGUGCAGGAUCGCCGACAAGACCAUCAUCGUAUCUAUUUCUCACUAUACCCCAUUUUUAAACUAUCUGUUUUAUUACAACAUACCUUAUCAUGAUGGCCUCUGCAACCCCCAUUGUCACGGCUUUGCCGCAGGCUCAGUCCACCGUUUCCCCCACCGCACAACUACCGGCAAACUCGCCGAUCAUGAGAAGCCCAAGAAGCCCGAACUCACCUUUGAGAGGUCCCAAGUUGACCUUGGUGGUGACAAACUCCCCUUUGAGCAGUGCCCCCAACUCGGCAAAGGUGGCAACCCCAAACAUUUCAGCACUUCCGUUGUCCCCCGGCUCUCCUGGCAUCGUCACAGCAAUCCCAUUGUCUCCGGCUGUUGGCAAUCCCCGCACUCAAUUCCCGUUGACACCAGCACCCGCCGCCAACCCCAAUGGCUACACGCUUACUCCUCACCCCUCGGCCGUUCCGCUCACUCCCGCGACACCAGCUACACCAGCCACGCCGGCCUACAUUCACCCACUCACACCUGCCCCUAAUUCGGCCUACCCUCUAAGCCCAGUCAUUGAAACGCCUAGCUCAACCAUUGUUGAGUAUGGUGAACAUCCAACUCUUCAGGGUACGGCGGCAGAGCGAGCAGACCACAUCUUCAAGCUAUGGACUGCUCGUAACAAGCAGCCAAAGCAGCCACAAAACGACACUGCGGAAGCAGGAGAUGACUUGAUCAUCUCCCCCGUCACGCCCCUGACACCAAAGCACGAAAGAGGCCUUGCUCGCAAGCUCGGUAACAAGGGCAUCAACGACCGAGUCAGCCGAUUCCUGGCGUCUAUCAGCAGCACAGCCAACGGAGACCCAGACAAAGAGCUGGCGAUCGAGAACCGUAAUCUUCUCCAGCAGCUUGCUUCUCUUCGACGCGCCGAGGAGAACCUCCUGGCUGAGAACCAAAGCAUCACCCACCAGCUCACCGCAACCCAAAAGGAGUUUGCGCAGGCCAAGAAGGACCGUGCCUUGCUAGAGCGUGCGUGGGAAGAGAUGCUCAAGGAGAGAGAGGCCAAACACGAAGCUCAGGUCAAGGAGCUCGAAGCUAAGCUCGCUGAGCAAGAGAAGAAGUUCUCUAAGCAAGAACAGUUCAUUGCCCAGCUUGAGCACAAGAUCACCGUCCAGGAGGACAAUCUCUCUGAGCAAGAAGAUACCAUUUCCCAGCUCGAGGCCAAGGUGGCCGAGCAAGAGAAGCAGAUGACCGAGCGUGACGAACGCAUCGCUGAGCUUGAGAAGGUCACUCCAAAGAAGUCCCUUAAGCCCGAACCCGAGCAAGGUCUCGUCCUCUCCAACAGCGACAUAAUCACUUGGUUCACCACCCGCACCACGGUCUGGAACUCCUGGGUCGACGAGUUCGCUCAUCCCAAUAUCAACCGCAUCGUUGAGCUCCACCCCGUGCAACAAAAAGAGCUCUUCCGCUCCGUCCAGAAGUUUAUCCGCUUGACGCAAGACGGCCAGCUCCCUCCCGAAAUCCUCGACGCCGCCAAGAACGGCGGCGCCAACACCACCCGCCUCGUUCUCUACGCCAUGCUCACCAACUUUAUCACUGCCGAAGCUCUGUUGCCGCCCUUCUGGGCCUUCAAUGCCUUGCAGCGCAACGAACUCGCUGAGCUGACUUCUCCUACCCUGACCCGGCCGGGCAGCAUGUCACCUGUGGGCUUCAGGAUGGAUCUUGCUUCGUGGGAGUGCAUCCCCCCGCUGCCGGCGGCUUCGUACGUGCCCGCGGGUGCAGAGGUGUACAACCAGCAACCGGCAACAGCAAGGUCAGUGGCCACGCUGAGCCCGAGACAGCCGCCUCCGUUGAUUACCUCUCUACAAUCCGCCGGGCUGGAGACACCCAAUCUUCCCGUUAGUGUACUCCCGGCCAAGCUGCCGAGUGAAGGAGAUUUGAAGAGCAUGUGCGGGUUCUUGUCUAAAGUCCAAACUACCCCCCUGGCAACUCCCCACCUCCGCUCACAAAUGAUCUCCAUCCUCGCCCAAGGCGGUCUCGUCCACGACCCCACACAUCCCUCCAUCCUCAAGAACGAAGAGCGUCGCCUCCUCGCCGAAGCAAGGCGCGAGUACGCCGUCAAGCUCGCCGAGCGGUUCCUCGGCGGCCCUGCGCGUUUCUUGCUGCAGGACCAGGUAGAUGCCAAGAACAUUGCCAAACUCGAGCAAAUCUUGACCACAGAAAUGGAUCUGGCGCUGAGGUUUGGUGCUAGACUGUGGAGUGUUGAGUGGGAAGUGGAGUUUUGGGGUUUGGAUGAGUUGAGUUCCCUGGUGCAACCGGAGGCAGAGAAGGAGAAGAGGGAUGGGGUAUUGGAGACGAGUGGGGGUGAGGGAGUGGAGGUGGUGAUGGUUUUGCAGCCUGCUGUUGUGAGGAAGGGGGUGGAAGGUGGUGGUGAUGAUGGGGAGCAUCAAAUUGCUGGCGAGGAGGAGAGAGUUUGGAGUAAGGCACGGGUAUGGUUGGGUGAGAAGAGAGAGGUGAAGGUUCAGGAGGUCACGGUGGAAGUCAAGGCGCAAGGAUCGCCGAAACGGGUGGCGUCGCCGGCGGUGGUGUCGCCGGGGACGGGGAAGAGAACGUUGACUCUUGAGCUGGGUUCAUGAAGGAACGGAAAAAGAAGUUUAUGAGGUAUGGGAAUGGGUUCAUGAACGGUAUCAUUCGGCGGAGUCUUCUUCUUCCUCUUUUUCUCUUCUCUUUUUUUCUCCUUUUUUUUUGGUUUUUCCUGCUUCUUAUCCACUUCUUUCUUCCCUUUCUAUUGUCGAUGUCCGAAAUAAGGAUAUUGUAGCAUUUAGCAUACCAGGUAGAGGUAGCUACCAAGUGGCCAUUAGCAAACAACAAGCCAAAAGGCAUUAUCACUUGACAAUCUACCUACCUAAGGAAAGAACGAAAUCCUUCACAUCUUUAGUAUAUGAGCGAUGGCGUUGAUGUCUUGAAGCGGCUUUCUUCCAAAAUUUGGUCAAUGGACUGACAGUCCCAGCCAGCAGCAUCAACGACCACCGAAUUCCAAUGAAUCCUUGUCAAAUCGGGCAUCAACAACAUUCACCCCAAGCCAAUCCUUUCCCUUAGAGGUACCAAGGUCAAAGCAUCGCGGCAUAUUCUGGAUCCUUACCUCUACCUAGGUACGACUAGGUACCUACCUAAUUUCACGUGAGCCAAUAUCCCGU